AUUUCCCACCUACUGGAAGUCUUGAGAAACUUCUUCGUCGGGUCGUCUCCGGACCGCUCUCUUUCAGCUCCCGUCGCGGACCUCUCCAGACGCCAAGGUCGAGCGCUCCCGAUUAAUGGCUUUCCGCCAAUAUUCGCCGGCGCGCAGCCGAGGCCAAAGCAGAGGCCGCUGGCGAGGGCGAGGCCGUAGUCGUGGUCGCGGUCGUGGUCGCGGUCGCGGUCGCGGUCGCGGUCGCGGACGCGGUCGCGGUCGUGGUCGCGGACGCGGUCGCGGUCGUGGCCGUGGCUUCGGUCGUGGCCGCCAUUUUUACCGUCGUUGGCGCGGUGGGCGGAUCGUAAGCCCCUGUGACUCGAUACCUGAGAUUGUGUACAUCUUGGAGGAUGAACCGUCGAGCCAGCAGGACCUGGAUCUGUGGGCUUAUGCCUCGGCCGUGGAGUUCCAGCAGCCAACAGGUGACAGUGCAGCAACAUGGCAAUCUGUGGAGGCAUCAGGGAACCAGGCAGCAGCGGUAGAGCAGAAAAAGGAAGAAGCAGAGGAGCAGGUAGAGGAGUUCAUAGUACAGAUCUCAGAUGCCAGAUCAAUUACUCAGUAUCAGUUUGACAACUGGGGUAAAGAUUUUGUGUAUGAGGAAGAGACUGCAAAAGAAGAAAAAACUGAAAAUGCAACAGGAGAUGAAGAAGGCCCUGAAAAAAACCGAGGCGGAGCAGACGGCAACUGUUGAAACCCCCAGUGAAGAAGAAUAAAAAGAAGAUGGAAAAAGAAGAAUCUGCUGUUCACUCUUUUAGACUUUCUAGAAGCCCAUGAUAAAAUUCAUGCUGAUACUUCAAAAUGUAUAACCCAAAAGUUAGCUAAAUAACAUGCCAAGUUAAUAACUCCAAAAUUA